GCGACGUGCCCGGCCGGCGACCGAGCUGCAGGGACGGCGUCCGGCGCGCUCACUUCCGCGUCCCGCCGCCCUCCGGUCCGCGCGCGCCCAGCCACCGCCGCCAUCGGACAAUAGGCCGCCCGCCCGGCUGCCGUGAACUUCCUGCCGGGGCCCGGCCGGCCCCUGUGCCCCGGACCCUGAUCCCUCUCCGCGCCGGCCAGGAUCGCAGCUCCGCGCCACCAGGGGAAGCAGCGGAGGACCGAGCGCCCGGGACGUUCCAGCGCCUCCCGCCGCCGCGCCUUUGCUCCGGCCCGGCGGGUAGGCGGCCUCUGCGCUCUUCGCUCUGGGCGACUUAACCCCGUCCAGCGGCUGCUGCCUUGUUGUGGGUUUCCGAGUUUGGUUGCUUAAGGAGGAUGUGAUUUUCCCCCCCGCUUAUUUCUUUUUCCUUUUAUGAUUUGAAACAGAGAAAAGAACUCACAGCCAGCUCGUACAGCGAAGUGCCACCAGCUACCCCCACGUGGACACCUCCGAGAGGAAAGAGAAUUGGAAGCAAACUUGGUCCAAGUGACUUUGAGGCCUUACCCUCGGCUGGACUCUAAGGCCUGGGGUCAUGACUCUCAUGCUGGGCAGGUGGAAGGCUUUACCUGUCCUGGGCUGGACGUGAGUCUCUGCCCUUCGCCAGCGCCUCCACCGGCCCACCUCCACACACUCAAUACCCAGCAUCUAGGCUAGGCCUGGACACUUGUCAGCAACAUGGAUAAGUAUGACGACCUGGGCCUGGAGGCCAGUAAAUUCAUUGAGGACCUGAACAUGUAUGAGGCCUCCAAGGAUGGACUCUUCCGAGUGGACAAGGGUGCAAGCAAUAACCCGGAGUUUGAGGAAACACGCAGGGUGUUUGCCACCAAGAUGGCCAAAAUCCACCUGCACCAGCCGCACCAGCUCCUGCAGGAGGAGACCCUGCCCAGGGGCAGCCGAGGUCCCGUGAACGGUGGGGGCCGCCUGGGCCCACAGGCCCACCGGGAAGCUGAUGGGGGCAGCAAGGUGACGGGGGAUGGCGCUGCGAAGCCUCCUCUUGCUGCCUCGACAGUGGCCCCUGGGACAGCCACAACCAUUGCAGCUGGGCAACCCUUGUGCCCACCCCAGGAACAGAGGGCCAAGCUGUGUGUCCGUGGCGCAAGGCAAGGCAGCCAGGACUGUGGAUCCAAGGAGAGCGUGGCGAGUUCUGAGAUGUCUGCUUUCCAUCGGCUGGGCCCCUGUGAGGAUCCUUCCUGCCUCACCCACGGAGACUAUUAUGACAACCUCUUUUUGGCAAGCCCCAACUGGGGCGAUGAACCAGCAGUGUCCCCCAGCAUCAGGCUGGGUGUAGGAAGUGGGUGGUCUGGCACGCCAGGGAGUGGCCCGCCACUGUCCACACCCUCCAGGGUCCAUCACCUAUACCAGCAGCAGCUUUCUCCGAGCUCCAGCAGGUCAUUGCAGAGCAGCCAGGAUGGUGGUGUUGGUGGCCACAGCAGUGAGAAGCCAGCUGCUCUUUGGACCACCGCCUCCUCCCAGCGAGUGAGCCCUGGCCUCCCUUCCCCAGGCCCAGAGAACGGGGCCCUACCAAGACCUGCUCAGCCCAGGACCCCUUCUUUCUCAGCGCCCCUGGCCCUGAACCGCUCCAGUCAGGGACCUCUUCCAAGAACAAACUCGGGGGUAGGGAGUGAGGUUUCAGGCAUGAUGCCCAAACCCACUGUGGACCCUCAACCCUGGUUCCAGGAUGGUCCCAAAUCUUACCUUUCUAGCUCUGCCCCUUCAUCCUCGCCAGCCAGCAUGGACAAUAUGCAGCUGGGUGCAGUCCCUGGGCCGGGUCCCAAGCCUGGCUGUACAGACCCUGGCGUUGGUCCCAAGCUCAGCCUUGUCCAUCCAGUGAUGUCCACCUUGCCUGAGUUAUCUUGUAAAGAAAGUCCCUCUGGCUGGUCCUCUGAUGGCAGCCUGGGGCCUGUGCUCCCAGAGAGCCCCGGUUCCCCCAGGGUGAGGCUGCCUUGCCAGACCCUCCUCCCGGGCCCUGAGCUUGGACCCACGGCUGCCGAAUUGAAGUUAGAAGCCCUCACCCAACGUCUGGAGCGUGAGAUGGAUGCUCACCCGAAGGCCGAUUACUUUGGAGCCUGUGUGAAAUGCAGCAAGGGGGUGUUUGGGGCCGGCCAGGCCUGCCAGGCCAUGGGGAACCUCUACCACGACGCGUGCUUCACCUGUGCGGCCUGCAGCCGGAAGCUGAGAGGAAAAGCCUUUUAUUUUGUCAAUGGCAAAGUGUUUUGUGAGGAAGACUUCCUGUACUCUGGUUUCCAGCAGUCUGCCGACAGGUGUUUUCUUUGUGGACAUCUGAUCAUGGACAUGAUCCUUCAGGCCCUGGGGAAGUCCUACCACCCCGGCUGCUUCCGCUGUGUCAUCUGUAAUGAGUGUUUGGAUGGGGUACCCUUCACUGUGGACUCAGAGAACAAGAUCUACUGUGUCCGGGAUUACCACAAGGUGUUGGCCCCCAAGUGUGCAGCCUGUGGCCUUCCCAUCCUUCCACCUGAGGGCUCAGAUGAGACCAUCCGAGUCGUGUCCAUGGACAGAGACUACCACGUGGAGUGUUACCACUGCGAGGACUGCGGUCUGGAGCUCAAUGAUGAAGAUGGUCACCGCUGCUACCCCCUGGAGGACCACCUGUUCUGUCACUCCUGCCACAUCAAGAGGCUGGAGAAGGGUCACUCAUCCACAGCCCUUCACCAGCACCACUUCUAGCCAGAGCCUCCUGCAGAUCUCAUGGUGGGGAGGAGCCAGGGUUGCACCAUGAGGAGUCCGCGGGUUAAUUCCUGUCACCCCUGGGGACGGAUUGGGAUUGGGGGAGUGGAGGGGAGGCAGGUGCCUUUCCUUUAAACAAGGAGGGGAUCCCUGCUGGUCUGGGAUUAUGUAUUUUUUUCACUGCUGCCACACCCUCAUCAGAUUACUCAGGAAGAAACCCCAGCAAGCGCGUGGCAUGUGACAGGAGAUCUCAUUAGUGUGACUGAAUGAACCUUCCUGUCCCCUCUGGGAAGAGUUCACACUUCAGUGGGAAAGGUUUGCACUGAAGAGAGAUUUCAGCUGCCGAUAUGUUCAAUCCUUUCCCUCCCCUUUGGAAAAUACCUGCACCCAAACACCCCCUCCCAACCCCUCCCCCGCCCCACACACACCAUAAUUUAAGAUUUCCUUCCACUCCAGAGCUUCAGUUCUUCUGUAGAAUGGCUGCAAAUUUUAAUUGCAUCAUCGCAAGAGGGAUGCUCUGACGUGUGCUUUGUAUCUUAGGAAGAAUUCACUUGGUAAAGCAGAGCCAAGGUUUGAAAUAAGUGAGAUGGGGUUUUCUCCUUGUAGCCUAACAUCAUUCUGUGUGCCCCUGGAAAUCUUCACUCCUUUAAAGGCAGCUGGCGGCCUGAUGGAGGAUUGAUCCUGUUCUAGGAAAGUGUGCUUUGGGAUGAGAACUUGGUGCAGGCGCCAGGCCUCUUUUGCCCGCCUGUUGUGCUUUUUUUCCUCUGGAGCUCUCAAGAAUCUGGGACUUCAGAGUUCCCCCUGCAAAGGCUGGUCUCGGGAUCUUUCGUGGAGAUCCUCUUAUGCCUAUUUUCGCUUCUUUAACAAUGGACUUUGGGGAAGUGUGCCCACAUACUGAGACCUGACCCCUUAUUAAUGAGGAGAGUUUUUGUGUGUAAGAUCUCAAAGCCAGCCUGGGAGAGAGUGCCUGAGCAUAAGGUAUGAUAUUCAUUUCACAGGUCCCUCUCUUGCCAAUUCAGGUAUUAUGCUUGAAGAAACCAGUAUAAGGUACACUGCUUUUGUCUGUUUUUUUUUUUUUUUCUUUCUGUAAAAAUUGUUUCCCUCUACUUUCAGUCUCCCACACACAAAAAAUACCUCACAGAUAAGAGCUUCAGAUUAAGGACGAAUUUGGCCAUCACACU